CCGCACGGCCCAGCAGCGAGCGCCCAGCCCGGCCCGGCCCCGCCAGCCGCCCCCCAUGGAGGAGCAGCCCCACCACCACCAUCACCACCACCACUAUUACUACUACGGGCACCACCACCACCACCCGCAGAGCGCCUACCUGCCGCCGCCCGACGGCCGAGCCCAGCCUAAGCCGCCGCUCCGCCACGAGCACAAGCACGGCGGCCCGCAGCACACGGAGGUGCCGAAGCGGAGACCAGGCUACGGAGAGCUAAAUGGUAACGCAGGAGAACGAGAAGUGUCACUAAAGGGCCUGUGCUCUGAUGAAGCCACCGCCCCAGGAUCCAGGGUACCCAAUGGCAGCCAGCAGCUCGCAGAUCCUAAUGUCACCCCAAAGCAGACUGUGAAGGCCAGUGCUUUGGGGAAAGCUGGAAUCAAAACCAAGAACUUCAUUCAGAAAAACAGCAUGGACAAAAAGAAUGAGAAGUCCUACGAAAACAAACACAGAGAAAACCAGUCCUCAGACAAGCCAGAGGGAGUGUCUAUUCCAAACGGCGUGGUGACCAAUAAUUCCAGCUACAUCACAAAUGGCUACGUAGGCAAAGGGGCCGACAACGAUGGUAGUGGCUCCGAGAGUGGAUAUACUACACCUAAAAAACGGAAAGGCAGGCGCAACAGUGCCAAGGGUUGUGAGAACUUGAAUCUAGUACAGGACAAAAUAAUGCAGCAGGAGGUCAGCGCACCAACCUUGAAACAGGAACUUGAGAGUUUCAAACCUGAUUAUAGUGAACAAAAGGGGAAUCGAAUUGAAAAUACUAAGCCUGUUUGGAAAUAUGAGGCUGGGGCUGGUGGAGCAGGCCGGGGAAAGCCUGGGCUCGGGGAGGUACCGCGGAAAAACUCGGAUGCCAAACCUGGGAUUAGCAGCAAGAAGUUUGAUGACCGGCCCAAAGGGAAGCACGCAUCGUCGGCUACGUCUAAAGAGGACUCAUGGACCUUAUUUAAACCACCCCCAGUUUUUCCAGUGGACAAUAGCAGUGCUAAAAUUGUUCCCAAAAUUAGUUAUGCAAGUAAAGUUAAAGAAAACCUCAACAAAGCAGCUCAAACCCCAUCCACGUCAUCCUCAUCGUCUUCAUCAUCCACUGGGGAAACUCAGGCCCAAACAUCAAGUCGACUGUCCCAAGUCCCCAUGUCUGCUAUGAAAUCUGUCACUUCUGCCAGCUUCUCCAACGGGCCGAUCCUCGCUGGGACCGAUGGCAGUGUGUAUUCCCCAGGAGCCCAGCCACUUCUCUCCACUGCUGCUAGUACUGUACCAUCGACCUCCUCCUCCGAGUCUGUACCCCAGGACGUGAGUACAACUUCGACAGCCCUCGAACAAAAGAAAUCUGGCCUUUUUAUCUACCCUUCAAAUAUGCAAACUGUGCUCCUGGGGACAGCGCAAGUCGAUUUCCCUUCACAGACGAAUCAGCAGAACCUGGGGGAUAUCUUCCAGAAUCAGUGGGGCUUGUCUUUCAUAAACGAGCCCAGUGCUGGACCUGAAACCGUUGUGGGGAAAUCUGCGGAUAAUCAGUUAAUGGAAGUGACAUUUCAAGGGGAAUAUCCUGCCACUUUGGUUUCACAGUGUCCUGAAAUCAUUCCCUCAGGAACUGAACAACCUGUGUUUCCUAAGGCUUAUGAGCUGGAUAAACGGACUAGCCCUCAAAUUCUUAGUGCUGUUCUUAAGCCUGGGACUGCUGUUGAGGGUGGUGUCUUAGCUUUGGAGUCGCAUCACACAGGUGACCUACAAAAGGCAGACACCGGUAGCCAAGGUGCUUUAGUGUUUCUUUCAAAAGACUAUGAAGUAGAGAAUCCUCUGGCCUCUCCUACGAACAAUUUGCUAGCCUCCGCCAAAGAACAGAGGUACCAGAGAGGCCUAGAAAGGAAAGAUAGCUGGGGUUCUUUUGACCUGAGGGCUGCUAUUCUAUAUCACACUAAAGAAAUGGAAGCGGUUUGGAAUUUGCAGAAGCAAGAUCCCAAAAGGAUAAUCACUUAUGAUGAAGCCAUGGAUCGCCCGGAUCAAUGAAGGUAGCAAGACAAGACUGCCUGUUAUAACCUUUCUGCAGCAUUUGUGCUGUUCGUGGGGGACAAAAAGGCUUUUAUGCUCCUUCUAAAUCUUCAGUGCAGCAGAGGAACCAUAACUAGAAUCACAGGAUAAUAUAUACAAAUAUAUAUAUAGUUAUUUAAAAAUGGCAACUGAAAGUAAUUAGACUUCUUAAGGAAUCUGAAAAUUUAUUUCAACGAGACUACACACGUGAUUAUUUAAUCUCCGGUACUGAAUAGAUUUUUUCUUUUUUUUUUCCAUUUUUGUUUUGUUUUGUUUUUGUUUAAAGAGUGAAUGCAAGUGAUUAAGGAAUACAGACUCAAUUACAAGCCCGGUUUCAAAGUUCCUGCUGUCGUCUGCAUGGGCAACAGCAACCCACUGGAGAGGCAUUUCCACUUGACAAGGUUUCUGUUUCUCGUUCUGUGACUGUAGUGACACACUAAUCACAGGGAAAUCAGGAUGAAUCACCAUCCUUCAUCUCCUCUUUCCCUUCCACCUCCCCUGUUUGGUUUCUUUUUUUUUUUUUUUUUUUUUUCUGAUUUGUUUUCCAUUGAAUGCUGGAGAAACACCUUGAAGUUUGCAGAGUUUCAUUUUUUUUUGUUUCCAGAGAAUUAUAAUCCGCAUGUUUUGCCAGGAGUAAAGCAGCAAUCCUAUGCUGGUGAUAUUGUCUUAAAAGGAUCAUUCUGCUGAGGGAAAGAUGGUAAUACUGCAGUUCUAGGAUGCAUGGUGAAGUCACACAGUUGACCUGGCUCCUGUUACACGUUGGACUAUUGCAACUGAAGAGUUACUUCAUUUUAAAAGACAACAUGAAAAAAUAAGCAAUCUGUUUAGGCAUUUAAUAUGGAGGAAAAAAACCAACAAAAAAACCCCACUGUUCCCACAGUUUAAUGCCAUUGUAUUACUGGGAGCAAGAAAAAAAAAAGACAAAAAAAAAGUAUCUUCUGCUUUCAACUGUAGGUGCUUCAUAUUUGCUCUGUCUGUCUCCUAACACUAAAUGUGCUGGAUUUUUUUCCCAUUUUCAUUGGAAAACUGAAGAGGAAUUGAGUUCUGCUAACUUUCACCCUUCUUGAAUUAUUUUUUCUCUUAAAAAAAAUUCAAAAUAACAAAAAAAACCAAAAAAGUUUAAAAAAAAGAAAAAAAAUGGGAAUUUGAAUCCUUUUCAAUUUGUCCAUAGAAUGCCAAUGGCUGGGCUUCCUGCCCCUUGGAAAUGCUCUUUUAUAUUUUAAUGCAGUCUGUGUAUUUCCGGGCUCUGCUUCUAAUUAUCUCUUAAUAAAAAUAUAUUUUAUUACAAAAAAAAUGGAGGACUUAGGAAUGAAAAUAAUAAUUUAAAAAAAUUUAAAAAAAAAAUAAUCCCAGGGAAAGGAAAGCUUCCUAGCAGUGGUAGGGAAGGCUGAGCAGAGUGCAGGCUCCAGCUGUGUAACCCCUCUGUCCCAUUGCAGUUUGUGUAAUGUGUCCCAAUUAUCUGGGGGUCAGGUAGUUUUUCUGGGUUUUUUUAAAAGGUGGAAAGUUCACAGGGUCCAGUGCAAGAGUGAGAAAUGAAUAAAGCAGAAAUGGGUUUGUUGACCAGCCCCAGCUCCCCAUGUACCCGGUGCUCCUCGUGGGUGUUGGUGGCCUAAUCCUGCCUCUCCAGAUCAGCAGCAGUUGGUGUCUCCUAAAAUGAGACUGGACCCUCUGGGGCAUGAGGAGGAGUAGAAAUACAAAACUUUGGAGUACCCUUUGUGUUUAGAUCUGUCCCUCAGGCCAUUGGGCUGCUGUCCAGUCACCAGAGGGUCCCACAGGGCUCCAUCCUCAGCCCAUUUCUCUCCAACAUCCCAUUAACAACCUGGGUCCAGGACUCAAAGAGAAUAAUUUUGCUGACACACUAAACUGGAACUCUUGACACCCUCAAGGGCAGAGAGCCCUCAACAAAUUAGAGAUGGGCAGUCACCAACUGUGUGAAGUUUAAACAAGGGCAGGUGUUGGGUUCUGGACCUGGAUAGCCUGGGAGGCUGGAGAGCAGCACCAUGGAAAGGGAGCUGGGGCUCAACAGUGUCCUGGGGGCACCAGGCCCAGCAUGACCUGUCCUGCUCUGCUCGAGUUCUGGGCACCACAACAUAAAAAAGAGCAUCCCAAGGAGGCCAUGAGGAUGGGGAGGGGUCUGGAGGGGAAGCCUGAUGAUCACUUGGUUUGUUCAGCUGGAGAAAAGCAGACUGAGGAGAGGAGACUCCAGCAUCCUCCCAAGGGGCAGCAGGGAGGGCAGGUACCAAUCUCUUCACUCUCAUGACCAGUGACAGGGAACAGCCUGAAGCUGAGUCAGGGGAGGGUUGGGUUGGAUACCAGGAUAAGGUUCUUCACCCACAGGGAGGUUGAGCACUGGAACAGGCCCCCCCAGGAAGUGGUCACAGCACCAAACUUGUCUGAGUUCAUGAAAAAUUUGGACAAUGCUUUCAGGCACAGGGUGGGAUUGGGGUGUCCUGCACAGGGCCAGCAGUUGGACUUGAUCCUGAUGGGUCUCUUCCAACUCAGAAUAUUCUAUGAUUCUAUCGCUUUCUCUUUUUUUUUCUUCUUUUGUUUUAGUAGGAGUAUGUAGCAUGUGGUGGUUUUUUUUAAUUGUUUUUAUACUUUCAAUAAGAUUGUUCCUGAAUGAGACACUUGAGUUCAUGGUGGGACAAUGAAACUGAAUUCUGUACCUUGUGUAAGACGCUCGCUUUCUGCCACGCUUAAACAUUUGACUAUGGAUUGCCUACUCCAUUUGAUGUAUCCAAAGCUAUAUAGUAUAAUACUGAGUGUGAUACUAUAUAGUCAUCAUGUAUUGUAUCAGUCCAGGUUCAGAAAUGUGUGGUUGGCCAGUCGCAAAUAGUUCUGUUUCACCUAUAAACUUGUACCACCUCUGCAGGUGUGUGUAAUAACUUUUGAGAUGCAUAACAUGUUUACAGAUGUGCCCAACAUCUAGUCCUCCAACGUUCCUAUUUUUAAUUCUGUUGAGUCUCCCAACUGCUUGCCAAAAGUUGGAAUUGCCUCCAGCUCCACUGCUGAAGAGCUGGGGCGUUCCUGAGCUUUAAAGUGUUGAACAAACUGGAUAGUGGGGCUGGGAAAAUGAAGGUGGAAGAAAUGUUCUUUAUCCUUUAUUAUUGUUAUUAUUAUUAUUUUCAAAAAGUUGAAGGCUAAUAGCAAAGUUUCCAGUUUGUUUUACUGGCUUUAAGGCUCUGCUGUGUAUUUAUUUGCCUUGUGUAGUCACUUGUCGCCUUAAGGGCUGGGUUCCAUUAAAAAAAAGAAAAAAAAAAAAGAAAAAAAAAUACAAAACCCUGUUUUGCUUCCCUGGGGUCUGUGCUGUCCUGUACCCUGCCCCAGGUCCGUGCUUGGGGCGAUGCAGGAGUUGAGCAGCACUGACCCUGCACCUCUAGAAGGGUCUGAGUCUUGCUGAAUAUUUGAGGACUCUCAUCUUGGCCUAGUCCAGUCUGUCACCUGAAUAGCAAAGAAAUGCUGAGAGGAGCUCGGUUCAAGCUGGGUUGGGCUGGAUUCCCCCUGAUGCUCAUCUCUGUGGCUUUGCCUCGCCAGCGGGACCCAUCCAGAAACACCCUGGGCAGCACCUUCUCUGCUGUAUUUCUGACCAUCCUCUGUUCAGAUGUCUGUCUGUCUGUCUGUCUCCAUGAGCUCCACGGCGUGUGCUCAGCGCUAAGCAGUUAGGAAUUCCUCUCUCUGAGCUCCUGUAGCUCCCUGCUGUUUCUGGGAUAGACUAUUGCCUAGAGCCAGGCAGGACCAUGGAAGGAACUUCCUCGUGCUGUCGUGUAACUCACCCUGUCGCUGUCUGCAGUCCUCCCCAAGUCCUCACACAAUUCUUAACUGAGCACUUAUUAAAAGUAUCUUAAGAUUUAAUCUGUUUUCUGAUUAUUUUUGUGUAAACUUAUAAAAAAAAAGGAAAAAAAAAACCAAACUGAAAUUGAGCUGUGACUAAUUUAGCACAUUGAAAUAACGAUAAGGUGUUACUGAUAAGUCUCAUGUUUUGUUUUGUUUUGUUUGACUCAGAGUAUUAGUACUGUAGCAUAAACCAAAUACAGCCUGGGAAGGGGAGCAGCAGCCUCCUGUCCUGGGUGUGCACCCGAGGGUGUCUGUGGGGGCGAGGAGCCGGCGGUGCGUGUGCGAGCAUCUGACUUGUGAGGAGAGCGAGCGUGUAUUUAUUUGUGCCAUUGUUUGCAUUACACUGAGUAAAGAAAGUUUUAAAACAAAACCCCUGCAGUAUGUCUAGUAUCGGAAAGCAGCACUAAGGGUGAGAUCAUGGCCUAUUUUUUUAUUAGCUAUGAAGAUACUAAUUCAGGUUAAGGCUUCUCUCUCGUUUCUGUUGCCAUUGUUGAGUUCCUUUCCUCUGGUUCCCUUUCCAAGCUGUCUGUAUUGGAGUGAGGGGCUGUCUCCUUUCUCCUCUGGUCAUUCCCCACCUCUCCUUCUCUUCCAGCAGGUUCUUUUGGGUGUGUGGGUCUUGUGUAAGAGACUGGAGCAUGUAGUGCCAGCCAGAUCCAGCUUGGGACCUGCUUGCUUUUGGUGGAUCAUGGAGUGUUUGUGUGCUCCAAGAGGUGCUUUAACAACUGCUCCAUGGCAGUGGUUUGGGGCCUUCAGUCUCUGCUCUCUCCCACUCCACCCCUUUGGUGGAUUGGCAAAGCAAUGGCUUUCAAGCCUUGCUUGGAGUUUGGUUUUAGUUUAAACCCACCUUGAUCCUCCUUGAAACCUGGUAGAAAUCUCCUGUCUCUUUGACCAGUGGCUACCUCCAGGGCGUGGAUUCUGUCACUAACCCACUUCAAACCUUUCUGAGCUAGUAAAUCCCACUUUUUGCCUUUCAUAGCUGCUGUGAACUUCUUUGAAAUGUGGAAAGAAACCCAAUUCUCACUAGGUUGUGAGUGGGGUGGCUGGGAGUGGGUGAUGGGUGAGCCAGCUAGCUAAAUGGAAAGGAAAAUUGCUUCCUGCUAGGAAAAAAAUAGGAAAAAAAGCUGGAAAUUGUGCUCCCAGUUGUGUGUGUAAUUAGUGCUUUCACCUUCAAGGGAGUGUUACAAUAACACCAUAGUGUCCUUUCCCAAGUGGCCAGUGGGUGACCUCAGGGACAUCUGGCAGUGGUGGCAUUCCCAGCCAGAACUGCCAGCAGUUUUCCUGUGUGUCCAGGUUUUGAUCUUGAUUCAGUAAAUUGCUAUGGUGUCCCAAACUUUCAGGAGUCUUGCCCUCUCAUUCCUAGAAGACUUUCUGUCCGUCCAUGCGUUGUGAUUUUUCUUAGAGAGGCUGUUUACAAGGGAGCUGGCUGAGGGUGGGAGUGGAGAGAACAAGGAUUCACCCACUUUAAAGCUGCUGCACGUUUUCACACUGGUGUGUAAGGCAGGAGAAGGGCUGGGGUGGUGGAGUAGCCAUGAAAGCCACAGUAAUUCUGGCUGUGGCCACCACCAGAGUGUUUUUCCAUGUGGGAAGACCCUAGUGCACAGAGCUGGGAAGAAGGAGCAGGGCUGGGGGGAAGGAGAUCUCAAUGUGCUGCCUCCCAGGGAUUACGGAGCUUUAGAGGUUUGCCCAGUACAUUUAUACCCCAGGUCAGGCUGGCUCCUCUGUCCUGCCCAAGAUCCUCUAAAGCAACAGGAGGGUGGAGCUGUGGAUGUCUGGGGAGGUAAAAGAGCCCUGUGGUGGCCUCAUGUCCUGGGCAUGAGCCCUCUCCCUGUGCUGGAGUGGAGCAGGAGUCCUGCCUGUGCCUCACCAGGGGAUGCUGAGCUGGAUUUAUCUUGACUGUUAAUCAGAAAGCUUCAUAUAACGUGUCCAGAGCUCUAAAGCCAUUUUGUAAGAUAGCAGUGUCCCUUUUCUACAGCCUUAUUAAUGAGUAGAAGAUCUUCAAAAAGAAGAAAAAAAAAAAAAAAAAGAA